AUGUCCCAGACGUGUGCCCACGGUCUGGCAAAGAAUGAGAAUAUAUACGUGGUAGGGAAUAUACCAGAGUUAGGUGCCUGGAAUCAUAGCCAAGCUGUUCAACUGCCUCAGGAAAAUAGCAAUUCCGGCUCGCCCAUCAUCUUCGACAGCAAUAACAGUGGAGAGUUAGGAGAUGUUUAUGAAGAUCAAAAUGCUCCUGGCGAAAACUCAUUUAAUAACCCAGAACAAGAACGAGUAUUUUCACAAAAAAUUGCAUUGCCAUCCGAUACGGAGGUGGAAUUUCGUUAUUUCGUGGCCGUCGUUUGUGAGAACAAUGCCGCGAAACAGUUAGCUAGAACGCUCAUCGUUCGCAGAUGGGAGACACAUAUGACUCCGCGCCUUAUCAGGAAAGAUACAGCUAGCAACUUGGUAGAAAAGGCGUUGCCAGAUCCAGAGGUCUUUGGGUACCACAAUGGAUACCACAAAGUCGAAAGGGGCUGGCUGACUGAGGAGACAGUGAUUCAGUUCAAGAUAUUUAACAAUCCAAUAAAGCUCUGGAAAAAUCGGCUGCAAAACAAAAAAGUUCAUAUUAAAAUGACUCCUGUUAAUUUGGUGAGACACAAUUCCGUGGAACUGCAGCAAUUUGCCGGGGAUUGCGUGGACGACAGCCUUUCAAUGGACACGCAGGAUGUCGUGGAUCAACCCGCCUUCAGUAUUACAGAAAUUGCUGAUUUGAAAUAA